UUAUUUUCUUCCAUUUGCUCUUCUAAACACACUCUCUCUCUCUCCUCUGCUCACAACUAGUACUACUGUAUUUCGCGAGAAAGAUUUCUCCAAUUUCUAAUUUCUCUCUCAAAUUUCCCCCAAUUCUUCGAUUUCUCUCAACCUUCUAGGGUUUUUGCCCUAAUUUUCUCGCGCAGAAGAAAAUGGGUGGAAGAGCUGUAGUAUCAGACGAUGAAGAGGAGCUUGAGCCUCAGGAUGAUGAGAGAGAACAAGAGGAAGAAGGCGAGGAACUCGACGAUGGAGAAGGUGGCGGUGGUGUUGAUGAUGAUGAAGACGAAGAUGAUGAGGAAGGACAAGAUGAGUUUGAGGAUGAUGGUUUUAUUGUUGAGGGUGAUGAAGAAGAUGAAGAACCAGAAGAAGAUAGGGAUGAUGAUGAGGAGAAGCAUAAGAAGAAGAAGAGAAAGAAGAGGGAGUCCUUUGAACUUGACGACGAUGACUAUGAGCUUCUCCUAGACAAUAAUGUUAAGGUUGCUCGAAAAUCUGAAAGUAAAAAGUUGAAGAGGUUGAAGAAGGCUCGGCGUGAUACUGAUGCCGGGCGUUCUGGCCUUUCUGAUGAGGAUGAGUUCAUUGGAUCUGGGGGUGGAAGGACAGCAGAGGAGCAGGUCGAACACACCUUAUUUGGUGAUGAUGGAGAACCGGUUGAGGAUAUGCCAGAAGAGGAUGAGCAGAUAGAGCCAGAAGAUCCUGAUUUGGCUGAUGAAGAUGACAUGGCUGAUUUUAUUGUAUCAGAAUCAGAAGAUGAAGUUGAUGGUGAUGGGGUUCGUGUUAGACGAGUGAAGGCAAAGAAAAAAAAGCACAGACAGGCUCCUGGAGUUCCAUCAUCUGCACUGCAGGAAGCCCAGGAUAUAUUUGGUGACGUUGAUGAACUUUUGAAUAUACGGCGAAUAGCACUCGAAAGAGACAAGUAUGAUGACAAUGGCGAUUGGAAGGAUAGGGGGCUUGAACAUGAGUUUGAACCUAGUGUUCUUUCUGAGAGGUAUAUGACUGACAAGGAUGAUCGUAUCCGGGAGAUCGACAUACCAGAAAGAAUGCAGAUAUCUGAGGAGAGCACUGGUCCUCCUCCAACAGACGCUGACCUCAUUGAAGAUGAGGCCAAGUGGAUAAAAACACAGCUUGAAUCUGGUCAAGUUCCUGGGCUUGUCAAGAUAGCACUGGGAGAAGAGAUGGAGGAUCAUAUUAGAAGUUUUCUGAACUUCACACAUGUUCAGAAACUUGAUCUCCCUUAUAUUGCUAUGUAUCGCAAAGAGGACAUCUUCUGUUUGUUGAAGGAUCCUGAGACUGGUGAAGAUGUCAGUCAUGAUAAACCUGCUUUGAGAUGGCACAAGGUGCUCUGGGCUGUCCAGGACUUGGAUAAAAAAUGGUUGCUUCUUCAAAAGCGGAAGAGUGCUCUCCAGGGAUACUACAAUAAAAGAUUUGAGGAAGAAUCUCGCAGAAUAUAUGAUGAGACGAGACUACGUUUGAAUCAACAACUUUUUGAAUCGAUUAUAGGGGCCUUGAGACUUGCAGAAUCUGAAAGGGAAGUGGAUGACGUUGACUCAAAAUUUAAUCUGCAUUUCCCUCCUGGUGAGGCUGGGGUGGAUGAGGGCACAUUUAGAAGGCCCAAGCGGAAAUCACAGUAUAGCAUUUGCAAUAAAGCUGGUUUAUGGGAGGUUGCCAGCAAAUUUGGCUAUAGUUCCGAGCAGUUUGGUGCACUGAUAUCUUUAGAGAGAGUGGAUGAACUGGAGGAUCCAAAGGAGACACCAGAGGAUGUUGCCUCAAAUUUCACCUGUGUGAUGUUUGAUUCGCCUCAAGAUGUGCUAAAAGGUGCUAGGCACAUGGCAGCAGUUGAGAUAAGUUGCGAGCCUCGUGUGAAAAAGCAUUUUCGGAGUAAAUAUUUUGAUAAUGCCGUUGUGUCAACAUGUCCUACUUCCGAUGGUAAUGUCGUCAUCGAUGCUUUCCAUCAGUUCGCGGGCGUUAAGUGGUUACGGAAUAAGCCAUUGAACAGAUUUGAGGAUGCACAAUGGCUGCUUAUCCAGAAGGCUGAAGAGGAGAAGCUCCUCCAGGUCACAAUUAAGUUGCCAGAAGAAAACCUUAAGAAGCUGAUAAAUGAUUCUGAGGAGCAGUAUCUUAGCUGCGGUGUGAGCAAGUUAGCACAGCUCUGGAAUGAGCAGAGAAAACUGAUAUUUCAGGAUGCUAUUUUUCAUUUUGUACUGCCAGCACUAGAGAAGGAAGCUAGAAUGCUGUUGAAUAGCAGAGCUAAGAACAGGUUGCUUAUGGAUUAUGGUGAACGUCUUUGGGAUAAAGUUUCUGUGGCUCCAUACCAGCGCAAGGAAAUCGAUAUCAGCUCAGAGGAUGAGGCAGCUCCUAGGGUUAUGGCUUGCUGUUGGGGUCAUGGAAAGCCACCAACUACUUUUGUUAUGUUGGAUUCAUACGGGGAGAUUGUUGAUGUCCUAGAGGCUGGGUCAAUCAGCUUGAGGUCUCAAAAUGUUACUGACCAGCAGCGUAAAAAGCAUGAUCAGCAGUUGCUUUUGAAGUUCAUGACCGAACAUCAACCACAGGUGGUAGUCCUGGGGGCUGUGAGUUUGUCUUGCACCCGUCUGAAGGAUGAUAUUUAUGAGAUUGUGUUCAAAAUGGUUGAAGAAAAUCCUAGAGAUGUGGGUCAUGAGAUGGAUGGCCUGAGUGUUUUCUAUGGGGAUGAAUCUUUACCUCGUCUAUAUGAAAAUUCUCGCAUAUCAUCCGACCAGAUUUCUGGGCAUUCAGGUGUUGUGAGACGGGCUGUUGCCCUGGGACGGUAUCUUCAAAAUCCAUUAGCUAUGGUUGCUAAUCUUUGUGGGCCAGGCCGAGAAGUUUUAGAUUGGAAACUCAAUCCCUUAGAGAACUUUCUUAAUGCUGACGAAAAGUAUGGGAUGGUGGAACAGAUUAUGGUUGAUGUCACCAACCAGGUGGGGAUAGAUCUCAAUCUAGCUGCGAAUCAUGAUUGGUUAUUUGCUCCGUUGCAGUUUAUUUCUGGUCUUGGGCCCAGGAAAGCAGCUUCCUUGCAGAGGUCACUUGGCAGAGCUGGGGCAAUUGUUUCGAGAAAAGAUUUGUUGACUGCACAUGGACUUGGGAGAAAGGUAUUUAUUAGUGCUGCUGGCUUUCUGCGUAUUAGGCGUAGUGGUUUAGCUGUUAGUACUAGCCAGUUUGUUGAUGUCUUGGAUGAUACGCGAAUACAUCCAGAGUCCUAUGCUCUAGCACAGGAAAUGGCGAAAGAUAUUUAUAGAGAAAUUGUUGGGGACGAUAAUUUGGAUGAUGAUGAUGCAAUUGAGAUGGCAAUUGAAAACCUUAGAGACAGACCAAGUGCCUUGAAAUCUUUUAGUGUUGAUGCAUAUGCAAAUGAUACUGGCCGUUUAUCUAAGGUAGAGACAUUGCAUGCCAUAAAGCUGGAGUUAAUUCAGGGCUUUCAAGAUUGGCGUAAAUUAUAUGAAGAACCUAAUCAAGAUGAAGAGUUUUAUAUGAUUUCUGGGGAGACUGAUGCUACCCUGGGUGAAGGACAGACUGUUCAAGCUACAGUUCGCAGGGUACAACCUCAAAAAGCAAUAUGUGGCUUGGAAUCAGGGCUGACUGGUAUCCUUAUGAGGGAAGAUUUUUCAGAUGAUUGGAGGGAUUCUGAUUUGACUGAGAAGCUGCACGAAGGUGAAAUUGUUACUUGUAAGAUCAAAUCUAUCCAAAAGAACAGAUACCAGGUGUUCCUGGCUUGUAGAGAAAAUGACAUGAGAAAUAUGGGGAAUCAGAAUGUAGAGAACAUGGACCCUUACUAUCAUGAAGAUCGCAGCAGCUUACCGAGCGAGCAAGAAAAGGCUCGCAGAGACAAAGAGCUUGCAAAAAAGCAUUUCAAACCGAGGAUGAUUGUUCAUCCCCGUUUUCAGAACAUUACAGCUGAUGAUGCGAUGGAGCUUUUAAAAGACAAGGAUCCUGGUGAAAGUGUUAUUCGUCCAAGUUCUCGUGGGCCUUCUUAUUUGACGCUGACCUUAAAGGUUUAUGACGGUGUUUUUGCUCACAAGGAUAUAAUUGAAGGUGGAAAGGACCACAAAGACAUCACAAGCUUGCUUCGUAUUGGGAAAACUCUAAAAAUUGGGGAGGACACUUUUGAGGAUUUGGAUGAGGUCAUGGACCGCUAUGUUGAUCCAUUGGUUACUCAUUUGAAGGCGAUGCUUAACUAUCGUAAAUUUCGGCAGGGGGCAAAAGCUGAAGUUGACGAGCUCCUUAGAAAUGAGAAAAAUGAUACCCCUUUAAGAAUAGUUUAUAGUUUUGGCAUUUCUCAUGAGCACCCUGGAACAUUUAUCCUGACAUAUAUACGUAGUUCGAAUCCCCAUCACGAGUAUAUUGGUUUAUACCCAAAGGGAUUUAAAUUCCGCAAAAGAAUGUUUGAUAACAUUGACAGGCUUGUAGCAUACUUUCAGAGGCACAUCAAUGAUCCCAUACAUGAGUCACCAUCGAUACGAUCAGUGGCUGCUAUGGUUCCGAUGCGUAGUCCAGCAACUGGUGGCUCCUCUGGAGGAGGUGGAUGGAGUGGAUCAGGCGGCAAUGAUGGUGGAUGGCGAGGGUCUUCUGACAGAGAUCAUUCUACAUCCAGGGGAGAACGGAAUGAUUACAGAAAUGGUGGUCGUGAUGGACAUCCUAGUGGGGCACCAAGGCCAUAUGAAGGAGGGGGCCGGGGCCGUGGACGCGGGCGUGGGCGUGGUGGUCGAGGUUCACAUCAUGGUAACAGAGAUGGUGGCAGCAGGGAUGGCGGUGAUUCCAGCUAUGGGUCAAAGUGGAGCUCGGAUAACCGAGACAGCGGUGGCUCCAAGUGGGGCUCUGACAAUGAUAAAGAAGGAAACAAUGGUAGUUGGAGUAGCUUCCCUGGUGCUAAAGUUCAAAAUGCUCCUGGUGAGGAAGCAUUUCCUGGAGGCUGGGGUUCAAGUGGUGGUGCUGGUAGUAGCAGUGGAGGUUGGGGUGACAAUGGAAGUGGUGGUGGUGGAGGUGGUGGUAGCAGUAGUGCCGGAGGUGGCUGGGGUGGAAGUGGUGGAGAUGCUGGCAAAGAUUCUGGAUGGGCUUCAGGGAGCAAGAGCAACUCUAAGGGAUGGUCUGACAGCGGAGGUGGCGGGGGUGGCGGGGGAAGUGGUUGGUAGCUAGUUAUAUGAUGGCUGUCUCACUCUAUAAUGAACAUGCUCUUAUCAGCUUUUGGAUAACAAAUGUCCACUGAAUAUGACUCCUAUGUAGUGGUUUGGUAUAAUAAUUUGAUAACUAUGACCUUUUUCAAGGUAAUUGUAAGCAAUUAGUGCAAGUAAUUUUCAGUAGAUUAUAAAUUACAAGCUGCACUUCUUCAGGAUCAGUUUAUUUGUGGCGUCUGUGUAUAAAAAAGUAGGAAUGAAAAGGUUCAGAUUUAUGUAAUCCCCUAAAAGAAAGGGUUCAGACUUCGGAUUAUGUAAAGUCCGCAGAAGUCUUAGAAAGCUGGACCUGAAGAAAUUGCUGGUCUAUUUUGGGUUAGUCAUGAUCUCUCUAUUUUAAUUACUAACAAGUUUUCA